CUCUGACAGCAGUGUACAUUGCGUUCUUAUGGAAUCAUUUAUCUGUCUGAUUUCCUUUGAUCGUCAUGUGUGAAUCGAAUUAACAGACUGCAGAAAGUGCGUGACGUGAUGCGGUUAUAAAGCAGAGACCUAAAGAUGGCGACGAAAAGUGACAGGAGGCGCAGAGCGGUCGAGAAACCGGCGCACGAGAGCACCGUUUUUUAUCACUGGGCUGUAAAUCUUUUGGGUCUUGGUUUUGGUUAUUUGCAUCGGUGGCAUGUAUCCACGCUCUUCGAAAAUGACCGACACUUCUCUCAUCUUUCGGAGAUCGAGCGAGAAAUGUCCUUCAGGACCGAGAUGGGGAUGUAUUACUCCUAUUACAAGACCAUCGCUGAAUCGAAAGAUUUUUUUGACGGGAUGGAUAGGCUCAGUCAUGACAAUCUAUCAGAGUAUGGGAAUGUUAUUGAUGCUAGCAGAAAGUAUAAUCUUUUACCCGAAAUUGUAGCAGGCUUCCUUUAUCAUAUUGCAAAAAGUCUUGGUGUUAUAUCUCAAGAGCAAUGUUGGCAGAUAGAUAGAGGAGCUGGAUUGAUGCCCGUAAGUAGCUGCGAAGGUCUGGGUGUACCUGUGUACUUCUAUUUGGAGAUAGUUUGGUCUUCCACAAUUUUCACAGCGGCAAUACUUUUUUACUAUGCAACCUAUUUGAGUGAUUCCAUUUAUGGUGGACUUGUGACGAUUCUGUUCUUCUUUUUUAAUCACACUGAAUGUACUCGCGUUCAAUGGACACCACCAUUGCGCGAAACCUUCGCGUAUCCUAUGUUGCUCUUCCAAAUGUACAGUGUUACAAUGACUAUCAGAAAAUAUGCAAAACAUGAUUUGGGCAAAGAGCCAACUUCAUUAAGGCACAGAACUAGACAAGGAUUAUUCAUGGAUAUAUUUGGCUCAACAAUUUGCAGCUUAUGCACCUGGCAGUUUUCACAUUUUGUUUUUACUACGCAAAUUAUAGCAAUUCUUAUACUAAAAUGGCUGAGAAUCGUUCCGUACGAUUUUUACAAAAAUUUUUGUACGGCUCAUGCUUUAGCUAUCGCAGCAUCAACUAAAAUAACAAACGGCACUCUCAUAAUUUGUUCACUCUAUACAUGUAUCAUAAUCAGUAGCAAUGUGGCCAGUUUUAUAAUGAAGUUAUCCCGAUUCCAAAAUGUCAAACGAGAAGUUAUUUUUGAGAUCGCUAUAACGAUUAUUCUCACAAAGUGGAUAAAGUCUUAUAUUUUAUACUCUCAAGAUGACGCUCAUGUGUUCAACAUAUUAAAGUCUAAAUUAAUCAACUAUAGAGACUUUCAUACUAUGCUUUAUACAUGCUCGUCAGAAUUUGACUUUUUGCAAUACAAAACCUACGAAGCAAUCAUUAGGACUUUAUUACUACCAACAGCGAUACUCGUUGGAAUGCUCGCGCUGUAUUACUGGUACAGAAGUUUCAAGACGAGCAACUAUCCGCUUUGCAUAGAAGCCGAUAUGGCGUAUAACGGUCUGCAAACCGGCGCUUUUAUCAUCAUGGCCAUUUUUAUUAUGAGACUGAAAUUAUUCAUGACUCCACAUCUUUGUAUAAUAGCUGGUGCAGUAUGUAGCAAACGAUAUUUGGAAAAAAUUGGUUUAAAAGGUGAGCUCAUGCGGCUUGCCAUUUUUAUUCUCCUCUUGGGUGGUAUGUCAUAUUACGGUAUUGAUCGAUUUCAAGAGGAACGAGGAUUUGUAGGUGAAUAUAGCAAUAUUGAACAAGAGGAGCUAUUUGAAUGGAUAAAAAGUAAUACACCAAAGCAUGCUGUAUUCGCGGGAAAGAUGUCACUUAUGGCGAACUUAAUGCUGUCUACUAGAAGACCGAUUGUUAAUAAUCCUUAUUAUGAGAGCAAAGAUAUGAGAGAUAGAACUAUGAAGGUUUACGAGAUUUUCAGUCGAAAAGAUGCUACUUCUGUAUAUACUUCUUUAAGAAAUAUGAAAGUCAGUUAUGUCGUAUUAGAGGAACCGCUGUGCCUUGGAUUUGCAAACUUACCACAGGGAUGUCAAAUGAUCGAUUUAUGGGACAUGACCGAUAAUGGAACGGCGAAAACCGCGAACAAACCGCCUUUGUGUCCUCUUCUAUUUAAAGGAAACGCGUAUCCGUUCAGAAGAGCGUUCGUCAACAAUAAUUACGUCGUAUUGCAAUUAGACUAUUCGCAUUACGUAGAAUUUAAACCAAAGACUUCCAUACCAUUGCAUUAUCAAUUUUAAACUUUACGACUUCUACGUUUCCAAGUAAGUGAAGAGUUCUCGAUGGACAUUGGAUACCUCAUGAGACUAUAAAAGCCUAUUUUUCUUAAAACAAAAAGUAUUAUCUAUAAAAAAAAUAGAUAUAUAUAUAUAUUUUUAAUACACUGAUUCGCGCGGUAUAAAUUAAAUCUGUUGACAUUGCAAACUUUCGAAUGUCUAUCAAGCGAAAGCUUGAUUACGUGUAUAAUCUGUGAAGAGGCAUUAAAAUAUUUUAAGAGGCGUAUAAUGUAUGUUCCUAGUAUUAUGGAAUAGAAAUCAUUUUUUACUCGUUUCAAAAAACAAUUAUCGAUUUUUUAGCAUAUGAAUUUUUUAAAAUGUAAUUUGCAUAUAUCACAAACUAUAAACAUAUAUACAUGCAAAUAUAUAUUAUAAUUUGCUAAAUUUUACAACAAUGAAAAUGGUAGGUAUGCAUUUAUUAAUUAAUUGGCGAGAAUAUAAUAGCAUGAUGCCUCAUUUCACACAAUGGAAUACACGUACUUGUGAUAAUUUUCUUGUACUUAAUAUUACAUAUGCAAUAAUAUAUAUGUAUAUACAUAUAUAUUGCUCAUUUAUAUGUAUAUAUAUGUAAAUGUAUAUAUAUCGCGCAUUUAUAUAUGUAUGCAUAUUACAUCAUAUCUGCGCACGCUACUUUUAAUUUUGAACGUACAAGUAUUAUAUUUAAUCGUGCAUUGCGUUCAUUCGUCCUGCUAUUAAAAUUAAUCACAAACGCAAGAUACAUUUGUGCCAACAUCGACUAUUAUAUAUAUUUAUAUUCUCAUACAUUAAUUCCUUCAUAUUUAAAUAAGUUUUUUAUCGAUUAAUGAAUAUUUCGUAGCACGCACAUUGGACAAUAAUUCUCUCCUCUCUACGCGAUGUCGAAUAAAAUCGCACAUUCAUUUAUUUAUUCGUAUUAUAUAAAUGUUAUCGUAAUUUUAAUAAAGAGAUUAUAAAAAUAUAUAUGCGAAAAAAUAUGCGUAAAAGCGAUUAUAUAUAAAAAGACGAGAACGUAUUUUUAUUUAUAUUUAUAUAUCCGAAGCUUUAAAAUGUCGAUAGAGUAAUUUACAUUUUUUUCGGACAUCUUUCGCGCAUGAAUAAUUCGAGGGAGAUCUCAAACGAGAUGCAAAACCGGAAGAAAAACCGAACGGCGAAGAUAUAGCUCCGUUAUAACGCACGUAGCACCUUCACUCCGCGGUUAUAACAGAUAGUAUAGUCGAGAGGCAGUCUUUUGGUAUACUACGUUGUGCCGGUGACCCAAAUGGAUCCUGGUUGCCAGUCAGUCCCGCUCCGGGCUUCCUCGCGGCAGUAUUGCUCGCGUUCUCCGUCACGUUCUCCAUACUCGAUUACUUAUUGUUAGAUACGCGAGCGAAACGCAUAUAAGUGUAUUUAGAAAUUUUUUUUAAUAUAGAGUGACAUUAUUUUACUCUCGUUACUUUUUUUCUCUGUCACGACCGUAAUGCCUUGUGAUUAUUUCAAAAAGUCAGCAGUAUUUUUGAUUAUUUAAUUUAAAUCUAAUUUUUCGAGUUUGAAUCUUGAAGCAGAAAAGCAACAAAAACAAAUCCUUCGUGAGAUCGAUGUGCCGUGCGUGCUAAAACGGUGCUCCUGUUCGCCGAAUCCAAGUGAGGGUUUACGGCCGCUACAGCUGCCGCUCAUCAAAGCUGAAGACGCGGGUCGAUCUGAAAAUACGUCGUAGAUGAAAACGGAGGAGCGACGUUUCGUACAUAAUGUAAGAGUACC